UGAUAUUUGUCCUCACAGAGGUAGAACUUGCUAAGUGGAAUCUUCUUCUUCUUCUUCUUCUUCUUCUUCUUUUUCUUCUUCUGCACGGGUUUCUGCUCCUCUCUUGCUGAUUCCUGGAGCGUGCGGUUUGACUAAAUCUGGCAGCGUCACUCAAACUUAAAAAAUAAAAAAGUGAACAGGGAGAAAGAGAGAACUCUCACCUCGCGGAGAUCCUCUUCUCGCCGAGCGGAGACAAGCUUGCGAGAUCUCCGGAAUGAUCUCCAGCAGCGUGGUGGGUCCAUCUGGACCCGAUGAAGCCUUUCUCCGCAUGGCACCAUGCCAUCUCAGCUGAAGGGAUCCAGGCGGAGCGACGAAGACGGCGGCGGCGGAGGAGAAGAAGAAGAAGACGGCGGCUGCUGCGGCGACAUGGAGCGAUCGCCAGCCUCCACUCCUCCGGACUCUCACUGGGACUCGCAGGUACUCGGAGGGGAAGACCAGAGGGAUCUGGGUUUCUUUGGAAGCUUAAAUCUCAACGAUGACGUGCCGGUGAAGGAGAUCAGCAUCACGCAUCACGUGAAAGAGGGUUCGGAGAAGGCCGACCCCCAGCAGUUCGAGCUGCGCAAGGUCCUGGGUCAGGGCUCCUUCGGGAAGGUGUUUCUGGUGAAGAAGAUCACGGGGCCGGACGCAGGACAGCUCUAUGCCAUGAAGGUCCUGAAAAAAGCCACGCUGAAAGUACGUGAUCGAGUCAGGACUAAGAUGGAGCGAGACAUCCUGGUGGAGGUGAAUCACCCGUUCAUCGUCAAGCUGCACUACGCGUUCCAGACUGAGGGGAAGCUUUAUCUGAUACUCGACUUCCUGAGAGGAGGAGAUCUGUUCACUCGCCUGUCCAAAGAGGUGAUGUUCACAGAGGAGGAUGUGAAGUUCUACCUGGCUGAGCUGGCCCUGGCGCUGGACCACCUGCACGGCCUGGGCAUCAUCUACCGUGACCUCAAACCUGAGAACAUCCUGCUGGACGAGGAGGGCCACAUUAAGCUGACCGACUUCGGCCUCAGUAAGGAGUCGAUCGAUCACGAGAACAAGGCGUACUCGUUUUGUGGCACAGUGGAGUACAUGGCUCCUGAGGUGGUGAACCGGCGAGGCCACACCCACAGCGCCGACUGGUGGUCGUACGGCGUGCUCAUGUUCGAGAUGUUAACCGGGACGCUUCCCUUCCAAGGCAAGGACCGCAAAGAGACCAUGACCAUGAUCCUGAAAGCGAAGCUGGGCAUGCCUCAGUUCCUCAGCUUGGAGGCUCAGAGUCUCCUCAGAAACUUGUUCAAACGAAACCCUUCCAACCGGCUGGGUGCAGGUCCAGACGGGGUUGAAGAAAUAAAGAGACACCAAUUUUACGCUUCUAUUGACUGGAACAAAUUAUUUCGGCGAGAGAUUCAGCCUCCCUUCAAGCCGGCUUCCGGGAGACCCGACGACACGUUCUACUUCGACCCAGAAUUCACAGCUAAAACUCCCAAAGACUCACCAGGUGUGCCCCCUAGUGCUAACGCUCAUCAGCUCUUCAGAGGUUUCAGCUUCGUGGCCAUCAGCACGGAGGAGGAAACACAACCACUGCAGAGCAACAUGAGCUCUAUAGUGCAGCUUCACAGGAACACGGCUCAGUUCGGAGACUCGUACGAGGUCAGGGAGGACAUCGGCGUGGGAUCGUACUCCGUCUGCAAGCGCUGCAUUCACAAAAGCUCGGGCAUGGAGUACGCCGUCAAGAUCAUCAACAAAGCCAAAAGGGAUCCGACAGACGAGGUGGAAAUCCUCUUACGCUACGGCCAGCAUCCCAACAUCAUCACUCUGAAGGACGUGUAUGACGACGGCCGCUCGGUUUUCCUGGUGACAGAACUGCUUAAAGGAGGGGAGCUGCUGGAUAAGAUCCUCAGACAGAAGUUCUUCUCCGAGAGGGAGGCCAGCGCCGUGCUCUACACCAUCACCAAGACCGUGGAGUACCUCCAUGUGCAAGGGGUCGUCCACAGAGACCUUAAGCCAAGUAACAUUCUCUACGUGGACGAAUCCGGAAACCCAGAGUCCAUCCGGAUCUGUGACUUCGGCUUUGCCAAGCAGCUGAGAGCAGAGAACGGCCUUCUGAUGACGCCGUGCUACACCGCUAACUUUGUAGCACCAGAGGUGUUGAAGAAGCAGGGCUACGAUGCUGCGUGUGAUGUCUGGAGUCUCGGAGUCCUUCUCUACACAAUGCUCACUGGCUUCACUCCAUUCGCUAACGGACCCGAGGACACGCCGGAGGAGAUCCUGGCUCGGAUUGGCAGCGGGAAGUUCUCACUCACCGGAGGAUACUGGAACUCCGUCUCGGCCGAGGCCAAGGAUCUGGUAUCUAAAAUGCUCCAUGUAGACCCUCAUCAGAGACUAACGGCAGCACAAGUACUGAGGCAUCCGUGGAUCGUCCACAAAGACCAGCUCCCUAAAUACCAGCUGAACAGACAGGACGCUCCUCAUCUGGUCAAGGGCGCCAUGGCUGCGACGUACUCCGCCCUGAACAGGAACGUUCCCCCCAUUCUAGAACCCGUGGGCUGCUCCAUUCUCGCUCAGCGCCGAGGAGUGAAGAAAGUGACCUCUACCGCUCUCUGAAGCUCCACCCACCACACCAAGCAACCAACCACAGACCUCAUGGCGUGGUGCUAGCACACGGCCCCGCCCCAUGCCCGCCUGACGCCCAGCCUGACGCCCAGCCUGAUGCCCGCCUGCCCCUCAACCUGAGGACAAGCCUGGACUCUGAGGCCCCCUGGUGGACCGUCCAAAUCUUUCUUGUCUGCCACCGAAGCGGAUUGAUAAAAUCUUCGGCUUUUACUCCAAGUAAAGCAUCCGGAACAUUCUCUAGACUUUUUUUUUUUUUUGGGAAACAAGAGACUCACUCAUGCAUAUGAACGAACUUGUAAUAUACUGUAAUAUUCUUUUUAUAAAGCUGGUAGAGAACAAUAUUAUUGUAUUAAAGAGACUGUGCGCUGUUGUGUAAUGAAAUGAAAUUACAUCAGAUAUCAAAUUUACUCAGCAAAAAAAACACUCCAGAUUUUUAUUUUAUUUAUUUUUUUUCUGAUAACAAAUAUCAAGCAGAAUGUUAAAUUCCUUACUUUUCGCUCCAUAGAUAUAAUCGUGUUCGAAAAAUAAAAUCAUCAAAUUUUUUUA